CUUUUCCACCCCUCCAAAGCAACACCAGACAGCAGCGGCGGGGGGGAGCAGGUUCGUUCGGGCAUCUUCUCCGUGGGUCGGCUGCUCCCGGCGCAAGGAGCGGGACCCUGCAGUCAGGUACCCCAUUGCACUUUCCACAGCCAGCAGACGACGGCUGAGCCCGGCGAGAAGAGCAGCCAGCGGGGCCCCGCCGGGGCGGAGCUGCUGGGGCUCUCCAUCGCCACGCUGAGCACAGUCACCCACUAUGAGCCCCGUUUCACCCUCAUCAGCAACAUCUCCCUGAACAGCAACGCCUACAGGGUCAUCCACCACACAGCUUUCUACUUUGGGAUCUGCCUGAGCAUGACCCUGAUCCUGGCAGCCCUGCUGAGCUCCGUCGCCACGGUGCGGGAAUCGCAGUGCCUCACAGCCAUGGGAUUUUUCUGUUUUGCUCUGGCUUUUUGUGGAUUGGUCACAGCUGCCUGCUGGAGAUACACACACAGCACGGAGGUGGAAGACAGCAUGAUGGAUGUGUAUGACUUUGUGUACGAGGAGGUGAGGAGGAACACUUCCAGCUUCAGGAGGCACGAGCUGACUACCAUUCAUAAAGCAUUCCUGUGCUGUGGGAAGCACUCUCCUUUUGGGGACACAACCCAUGUUGAGAACAAGACGUGCCCACACAGCCAAGUGAACGAUGAAGGACAGGACUGCCUGCGAGAGAUCCAGGACUUUCUGAAAAAGCACAUGGACUUUGUCUUCUCACUCCUGGGCAUCGCCAUUGGCUUCACGGUUUAUGGGAUGAUCCUAACUUCAUUCCUCUGCUUCUCCAUCCACUUCAGCAGCAACCUGUACCGGAAAGGCAAAUACACCCUCUGAGAGAGGUAG